UGGGAGGAGGCUGGAAAGCAAAUAAAAAGGAGAGUGUAAGUCACAAGAGUCACAUCUCUUCCUGGAGAGCAGAAACACACAUUGGGCAGACAGAAUACCUGCAGAUCUUCUCAAGCACCAUGGCAAAGCGUGUAGCUGUUAUUCUCUCGGGCUGCGGAGUGUAUGAUGGCACAGAGAUCCACGAGGCCUCCGCCGUCCUCGUUCAUCUGAGUCGCGCUGGCGCCAAAGUGCAGAUGUUUGCUCCAAAUGCAGAUCAGAUGCACGUCGUCAAUCAUUCUGAGGGGAAGCCGACAGAAGAGAAGAGAAACAUCCUACAGGAGAGCGCCCGUAUCGCCAGGGGUGAUGUUACAGAUCUGGCCAAGCUCGAUGUUUCAGCUUUUGAUGCUGUCAUCAUCCCUGGUGGAUUUGGUGUGGCUAAAAACCUCAGCGAUUGGGCAGUAAAAAAUAAAAACUUCACCGUCAAACCCGGCGUGGUGAAAAUUCUCCAGGAUUUCCACAAAUCUGGAAAGCCGCUGGGCUUGUGCUGCAUCUCCCCGGUCCUUGCCGCCAAAAUCCUGCCCGGUUGUGAGCUCACUGUGGGCCACGACACAGAAAGCGACAUGUGGCCGCACGCCCAGACCGCCUGCGCCUUGAAGGAGAUGGGCUGCAAGCAUGUGAACAAAGACGUGGAUCAAGCACAUGUUGACGUCAAACAUAAACUCGUCACCACACCCGCUUUCAUGGGCAACGCUCCCUUUCAUAAAGUUUUUGAUGGAAUCGGCGUUAUGGUUCAAGAAACUCUUAAACUUGCAUAAGGUGUCUGCACACUGUGUAUGCCUUUUUAGAGAUGGAUCAAAUGUAUAUGAAUAAACAUGAUGGAAAAUCA